AUGGAUGAUGUAAUGCUCUCUUUGGCAGACAUGGGGGUGGCUCGAGACUCAGAAAUUCCAGAGGAACCAAUCGACCCAUGGUCUCCCGAGGCAUUUGAUCAAACGUAUAUAUCAACGAAAAGGGCACCUAGAACCAAUACAGCUAUCGGAGUCUCUGAAGAUUAUAAUUCUGUAGGCGAUGAUAGAUACGCCAAUAAUGUGCAACCUUAUCAACCUACAAAUACUCCUCCACCUCAACUUAGCAAUUAUGUUCAAAGGAUGGAAAAUAGAUUAAGUAAAAUGUAUUCUUCAACGCCUCGUCCCCCUGAAGAUGAUAUUCGGCCCGCGGUUCCCCCUAAAUCGAGUUCAUAUGCUCAUGACAGCCGACCAAAAUCGUCUCUAAGCGGAAAUAUGCAGCCAGCCAAGCUUCGCCACCGAAAAUCUGCAUAUGAAGUUGGAAAAGCUAUGCUAGGAAGAUCUUUCACAACAAGGACUGAUAAGACGGACUCAACGACCUCUUCCAGCGGAACUCGCAGCACUACCACCAAUGGAAGCUCAAGUACCCAAAUGACUGAUAAAAGUCUCAUGAGUGGUCCUUCUGCUAGUGGCUUUUCUUCCACUAGCGCCGGGAGUUUAGCGAGGAAGCGGGAAAUGCUGUAUGGGCGAGCUCAUAGUGCACUUGGUUCACGGAAGGACAACUAUCUAGGGAUGAAUAACAGUCAACCUGAUUUCACUACUGGCCGAUCCCAGACGCCAAUGACCGGUAUUUCAUAUCACAGUAGCCACGCUUCGGAUCCUUCGCGUAUGCAGUCACCACCUGGCUGGUCAGGUUCUCCUGCAGAUUCUAAUGCUGCGCUUGGUGGCCUCAUGACACCUAAAACCAAGAAAACGGGGUUCUUCAAAAGAAUUGUUGAAUCCGCGAAAACAGGUGCUGCGAGCGCAAGGAGCAGUAUUUCUAUUGGUGAGUCGUCAAGACCACGAGCUCAGGCCCAUAAUUCAUUUCCAGCGGGUGUCACGACGAUGGGAGCUGGUGGCUUUGGAAAUACUCCGAACACUAAUCCAACCAAUGAAACUGGAUCCGGUGGUGUUACCAUGGGUGUUGAUUGGGUUCAGGUACGGCGAGACAUUAAUAGAUCGAAUUCGUUAAGUAGGAUUGAGCGGGUUGAAAGAAAAGAGCGAUGCCAGAUGAUGGAUUACCCAGCCAUAAGUCCCGUGGAAGAGCUUCUUGAGGGGUGUGAUGGUGACGAAGGGGUUGAUGGAAAUCCUGUGGUUGAGCCAACUAAUUUCCAGGCAGUAAAUCUCAGCCUGGUGGAUAAGAACACAAGGUUUAUUAAUAGUCUUCCGCCGAUGUCUAAUGCCAUGAGCUUAGCCACAGGCUAUGUGUGUCGGCCGUAUCGAAGCGACAUCCAACGAUUACGUGCAAUAUUCAUAUGGGUUAGCGAGAAAAUUACCUGGGAAGAGGGCUUCGACAAUGAUACAUCAGAUUCAAGAAGGGUGAUCCAAACCAAGCAUGGCUCUUCUGAAGAAGUAGCAUUUCUAGUUAUGGAUAUGUGUAAAGCUGUUGGGAUUCAUGCUGAGGUCAUUAGAGGAUAUUUGAAAUCGCCAGGUGAGGUACCGGAUAUGGGUCCCAUGCCUCGGCCGAAUCACUUCUGGAACGCAGUUGUAAUUGAUGGAGAAUGGCGAAUGAUGGAUUGCUCCUUGGCAAGUCCUUCUCAUCCUCGACGAAGCCAGUAUACUAGUGCCAGCAGUCAGUACGCGGAACCGUGGUGGUUCUUGGCUCGGCCAAUUGAGAUGUGCUGGACUCACAUACCGGAGCAACAUGUUGACCAGCAUCUCUGUCCUCCCGUAGCACAUGAAGUACUUCUAGCGCUACCAUGUGCUUGUCCGGCGUUUUUUAUCAAUGAGAUAGAGAUGGUAGAAUACGAUACAAGUCUCAUACGUAUUGAAGAUCUUGAACUCGUUCACAUCAAACUUUGUGUUCCGCCUGAUGUUGAGUGUGUAGCUGAAGUUGAAGCACGUGCUUUUGAACGUGAUGCAGAUGGAGAUCUCUUCGAGACCGGUGAGAUUAUCACGAAGCGUGCUUUGGCACAGGCAGAAUGGGUGGGCAGUCAGAAGAGGUAUACGAUCAAGGCUCUACUUCCUGGCGACGAAGGAGCAGGCAUACUCAAAAUUUACGCUGGAAAACGUGGUCUUAUGCACAGUAUCAAGGACAUUCCACAUGCAUUGGCGGUGGCAUUGCCUAUCAUCCAUACGGGUGACAAUCCUCCAUACGAGUUUUUAACCCGUCAUCCAACGCCUCAUGCCCAACGUCAUGACCUUUAUGUCGCACAGCCACAAUGUCAGCGAUUAGCCAUCAAUAACACCUUUGUGUUCGCCGUACGUCAGCAUCCUUCGUCACUAUCAUUAGGAUCGCCAGAUCCGGGACGUACUUCGCCUAUCCCAUUUAUACGACCUGGAUCCGCUAUGUCUCUAACAAAUUCAUCAGCAUCUGGUUCAGGAACUGGUAAAAAACCGGCCAAACUAGCAAUUCAAGCACCUGGUGGAAAGAUCUUAAGAUUAAUGCGAAAGGAAGAGAGAAACGGAGGCGUCAGUACGAAUUUAGAAGGCGGCGAUGGGGGAACUUGGGAGACGAUAAUUAAGUGUGGAGAAAGAGGUGUAUGGAGAGGACUUGUCCUAGCCGAUCGUAGUGCUAGAUGGUGCGUAUUCGCCGAAUGGACAUGCGUCUAA